CUCGCGCUACGCUACCGCCUCGGUCCCGCCACAGCGGAGGACGUGCCUUGGAGCCGGGUCGCACGGUGCGGCCGAGACUCGAGAGGUUUGAAAAAGCCUUUUGACUCAGAAAUCACUAAGAGCUAUUCCAAAAUAGAAUGACAUAAAGAAUGCACUCAAGCAAGCUUGGCCUGAAAGUAGAAGGUGAGAAGAAAGUCAUGGACCAGUUGCAUUGAGGAAUGAAGAGCUGCUGUGUGUUUUCAUCAGUCUGAUUGACUUGCUCAGGGAGGUUGAAACAUCUAUCUCCAGAAAUGUCUUUGAAAAAUGAAGAGCAAAAUGACCUUUCACCCAAGGACUCAGUUAAAGGAAAUGACCAGUACAGAGCUCCAUCUGGGAUCCACCUGGAGCAUGAAGAGGAAUCACGUAAUGACUUCCGGCAGUUUGAGUCCAGUGAUCUUUUUAGACACCGUAGGAUCUAUUUAGAGCCUCAAGAGAAAUCAGAUAAUAACUUCAAGAAGUUUGUUAUCAAAAAACUAGAGAAGAGUUGCCAGUGCAAUUCAACCAAAGCCAAAAAUAUCAUUUUUGGUUUCCUUCCUGUUUUGCAGUGGCUCCCAAAAUAUGAUCUGAAGAAAAACAUUUUAGGAGAUGUGAUGUCUGGCUUGAUUGUGGGCAUCUUAUUGGUGCCCCAAUCCAUUGCUUAUUCUCUCUUGGCUGGCCAAGAACCUAUCUAUGGUCUGUACACAUCUUUUUUUGCCAGCCUCAUUUAUUUCAUUUUGGGUACCUCCCGUCACAUUUCUGUAGGCAUUUUUGGAGUACUGUGCCUUAUGAUUGGUGAAGUAGUUGACCGAGAACUAUACAUAGCUGGCUAUGAUACUGUCCAUGCUGCUUCAAAUGACAGCUCAUUAGUAAACCAGAUGUCAGACAAGACAUGUGACAGAAGUUGCUAUGCAAUUAUAGUUGGCAGCACUGUAACCUUUGUGGCUGGAGUUUAUCAGGUAGCGAUGGGCUUCUUUCAAGUGGGCUUUGUUUCAGUCUACCUCUCUGAUGCCUUGCUGAGUGGAUUUGUCACUGGUGCCUCCUUCACUAUUCUUACAUCUCAAGUCAAGUACCUCCUUGGACUCAGCCUUCCUCGGAGUGGUGGAGUGGGAUCACUCAUCACUACUUGGAUACAUGUAUUCAGAAACAUUCAUAAGACCAAUAUCUGUGAUCUUGUCACCAGCCUUUUGUGCCUUCUGGUUCUUCUGCCAACCAAAGAACUCAAUGAGCGCUUCAAGUCCAAGCUUAAGGCACCGAUUCCUGUUGAACUCUUUGUUGUUGUGGCAGCCACAUUAGCCUCUCAUUUUGGAAAACUGAAUGAGAAAUACGGCACCAGUAUUGCUGGGUAUAUUCCCACUGGGUUUAUGCCACCCAAAGCACCUGACUGGAACUUAAUUCCUAGAGUGGCUGUAGAUGCAAUAGCUAUUGCUAUCAUUGGGUUUGCUAUCACUGUAUCACUUUCUGAGAUGUUUGCCAAGAAACAUGACUACACAGUCAAAGCUAAUCAGGAAAUGUACGCUAUCGGCUUUUGCAAUAUCAUCCCUUCCUUCUUCCACUGCUUCACUACUAGUGCAGCUCUUGCAAAGACACUGGUGAAGGAAUCAACAGGCUGUCAAACUCAGGUUUCUGGUGUGGUGACAGCUCUGGUUCUUCUGUUGGUACUCUUGGUCAUAGCUCCUUUGUUCUUCUCCCUGCAGAAAAGUGUCCUUGGUGUGAUAACUAUCGUAAAUCUCCGGGGAGCCCUACGUAAAUUUAAGGAUCUGCCCCAGAUGUGGAGGAUUAGCAGAAUGGACACAGUUAUCUGGUUUGUUACCAUGCUGUCCUCUGCACUGAUCAGUACUGAAAUAGGCCUGCUUACUGGGGUUUGUUUUUCUAUGUUUUGUGUCAUCCUCCGCACUCAGAAGCCAAGGACUUCAUUGCUUGGCCUGGUGGAAGAUUCUGAAGUCUUUGAAUCCAUGUCUGCCUACAAGAACCUUCAGACCAAGUCAGGCAUCAAGAUUUUCCGCUUUGUGGCCCCACUCUACUAUGUAAACAAAGAAUAUUUUAAAUCUGCUUUAUACAAAAAAACUCUCAACCCAGUCUUAGUAAAAGCAGCUCAGAGGAAGGCAGCAAAGAAAAAGAUCAAAAGGGAAACAGUAACAUUCAGUGGAAUCCAGGAUGAAGUUUCAGUGCAACUUUCCCAUGAUCCCUUAGAGUUCCAUACAAUAGUGAUUGACUGUAGUGCAAUACAGUUUUUAGAUACAGCAGGGAUCCAUACACUGAAAGAAGUUCGCAGAGAUUAUGAAGCUAUUGGCAUCCAGGUUCUGCUGGCUAAGUAAAAUCCCUCUGUGCGGGACUUCCUGGCCCAGGGAGAGUACUGCAAAAAGGAUGAAGAAAACCUUCUUUUUUAUAGUGUGUAUGAAGCAAUGAAUUUUGCAGAAGACUCUCAGAAUCAAAAAGAGAGAUAUGUUCCCAAUGGUCCAAGUUUUUCCAGUGACUGAGAAGGUAGAUGGAAGGAAGAAUCCCAUCUGGCCAAUAGGUUAAAAUUUCAGGUGUGUAGCCUUUUAUACUGUGGAACUGGAAAUUGUUGCACACUAGAAAUUUUAACCUUUUGGCUAGGCAGAAUUCUUCCUUUGAAGUUGAUGGCCUUUGUAGAUACACAAAUGCAGCAGAGCUUUUAGUUAAGCAGAAUCAAAAUAAGAAAAUGUGGUUUUAAGUUUUCUUGUAAAUAUGAGAUAUUCUUGGAAUUAAAUAAAUAUCUGUUGAACUGUAAAGUAGCCCCCAAACUUAAUUACCAUCCUGUUUUAGGAGAUACGCAUCUGGACUCUUGCUUCUCCAGAAGGUAAAGGGGUAAAGCUGACAUGUACAUAAGAGGUGCUGGAGCCUGUUUGGCAGGGCUCCCUAGAGACAGAGUAGAAAGGAAGUAGGGAAAGAAUUUAUGUCUUCUCUUGUAACAGCAAGUCAAGAGGCUUCUGGAGCGUAGGGUAGUAAUUAGACAAGCUUGUUCUCGCUUGAGCUUCUCUAGCCCCUGUCUUUGUUCUCCAGAUGACAGUCAGAUCUCUGGCUUUUUACAGGGAAGUAUCAUUCCUCUCUGGCACAGUCUUAUCAGGAGUCUGAUGGCAGAGCAGGUUUGUGAAACCCUACCAGCCAGUCCCACAUUAUACAGAAUGCUCUUGGUGUGAUACAUUUGAUAUUUUUAGUCAGCCUUUUUGGUUAGGGUAAGUAGGUGAGAAAAGAGCUCUUCAUGCCAGUCAACAUAGUGAGAAUCCUUCCUAUCUCUUCUGUGAUUCCUGUCUGUCCUUGUUUCUGAGUGUUAAUCUGCCAUUAAGCUCUGUUUUAACUUUCACUUAGUGUGUUUCCCAUGGAAUCUGUUCUAAACCGCUAUGUCUGAUUGCCAGUGAGUGACAAGUUUGCCAGACAGAAGGCAUGGUGCUGACUUAGCAAUUUCAUGUAGCCUUUUAAGUGACGUUGAGGCAAACUGUUCUGGACAGAUUGCAAAAAAAGGAAUGACUGACAACUUCCCUUAAGUUGUUUAAACAAAUUCUUCCCUUAAGAAUUUGUUUAUUUAGUAGUGAAUUUUUCUUUCCUUCCCUUGUUUAGUGAGAGUCAGCUGGGAAUUGACUGUCUUUCUCAUAUUUAAGAAGCUGCUAUUCAUUUUUACUCUGUAAGAAAAAAAUUUAUUGUGACCAAUGGAGAAAAAUGCACAGAAGUGACAGAAUGCUUCCAAAAGAACAUCAAUAAUUGUAGAUGUUUUAGUGAAAACAAAGCUAAUCUUACUGCUAUGCGCCCUGUUGAUGUAUAAUAAAUACUGAUGACAGUGACUACUUUUCGCUCUUUGGGCCACCUAAAACUAUUGUGUAAAAGGAUUUAGAAGCAUCACGUUCAUAUAACCCAGGUUCUGGAGAUGUACUAUUUAUCAUAUCUGGUCACUAGUAUGGUACAAAAAUAUUUCCUUUGGAAAAGUAUGUCUGACAUUGAAAGCUUAUAGUUCUGUAUCUGGACCUUUAUGGGUGAGGGAAAAAAACAGAUUUUCCAAAUUUAGGAUUAGGAGACUAGUUUAUAUGAGACUGAAACAUUUAGCACACCAUUUUAAACAAACAAGAUAAAAACUACAAAAGUGCAAAAUCAUUUUUAACCCAUUCUCCUACAUUCUAAACAGUAUGUUUAUGAGAAACAAACCCUAUGUAUAACGCAUCUACUGAAGUGGGAGACUUUUAAACAUCUUUCUUGUUGGCUCCAUAAGCUGCAGUGUUGGUUUUCUUUUGAUAGAGCUCUGCCCAUCAGUUUACAUGAAAAAUGCCUUUCUAUCAUUAAAACAAAGCAGUUUCUCAGGAGCUAGGUUUCUCUCCUUGAGGUGAUUGACAUCACGAUUAAAUGUAAUAGUGUCUUUAGAGUUUUGACAUCCUUUUAGAACUUAAGUCUUGAAUUGCAGAAAUGUUAACUGCUGUUUGUAUUUGUGUCUCUUUUGUUUAUUGUUUGUAGCAAAUAUUUGCUCUGUCUCUCCAAUCUUACAAAUAGGAAUAGUAAAUUCAAA